ACAAAAUGAAUGAGUUUGUAUUUAGCAUACUUACAGCUCUGCUCAUUAUUUGUAAUUAUAAUAACCAAUUAUAAUAUCAGUACUCCUGGCUUUUCCGCACUUUCCUUGGCAGAGUAACAGGCAUGAAAAACUUGUCAUUUAUUAUUGGAAUUUCAUAAAAAAAUUCAGAAUGUGCGGUUGCCGGCCUUUUAUUAUUAAGAUCGGACUUCUGUUGACAAUAAUUCCCAUCAUAGCUGUUAAUAUUAUGGAAGUAAUCAUCUACGGUGUGAAUUCAACAGUGGCGGAACAUCAGAUUGCCAAAAACAUAAAUAUAGUAGCAUGCUUCAUUGCACUUUUAGGUUUGUCAUUUGGCGUUUAUGGAACGGUUAUGGAUAUAAUCUUUAUAAUUCGAGUGCUGAUGUGCGUUAUGAUAAUAUUCUGCCUAUAUAAGAUAGUCAUGUGGAUAGUGUGUAAGAAUUUGUCUCCAGAUUUAGCUGCGGACGUCAUCACCGUUUGGUUCCAGCUUAACACGGGCUUAUCGAUAAUAGGUUCUAUUAUGACGGUUAUCUUCUGUAUGUACCUGCAUGAGCAAACGCGACAGUUUCGAUUGGGCUACUAGACAAUAGCCAUGCAAAGUGAUGUUGCUAAUCAUAUUUUCACUUUCAUAUUCGCAGUUAAAUAUUGAAUGUAAAACAGAUCUAGUUUAUAGCUCGGCUCAUUAUUUGUAAUUUUAAUAAUGCCAAUUAAAUGCCAAUUUUCCUACUUUAA